AAAGGCCAAGGGCGAGGGGAGGCGAGCGCAGGUCACGUACGCUGGUGGUCAGCGCACGCAUUGCCUGCCCCGGAAGUGGUCGGCACGCGGCGCGGCUGGGCGCUAAGAUGGCGGCGGCGUGAGUUGCAUGUUGUGUGAGGAUCACGGGGCCGCCGCGUUUGCUCGGGCCCCGCCAUGGCCGUCACCAUCACGCUCAAAACGCUGCAGCAGCAGACCUUCAAGAUCCGCAUGGAGCCUGACGAGACGGUGAAGGUACUAAAGGAGAAGAUAGAAGCUGAGAAAGGUCGUGAUGCUUUCCCUGUGGCUGGACAGAAACUUAUUUAUGCCGGCAAGAUCUUGAGCGAUGAUGUCCCCAUCAGGGACUAUCGCAUUGAUGAGAAGAAUUUUGUAGUCGUCAUGGUGACCAAGACCAAAGCUGUCCAGGGUACCUCAGCACCCCCAGAGGCCUCACCCACAGCUGCCCCAGAGUCCUCUACAUCCUUCCCGCCCGCCCCUACCUCAGGCAUGUCCCAUCCCCCACCUGCUGCCGGAGAGGACAAGAGCCCGUCGGAGGAAUCCGCCCCCACAACGUCCCCAGAGUCCGUGUCGGGCUCUGUUCCCUCUUCAGGUAGCAGCGGGCGAGAGGAAGACGCAGCCUCCACGCUAGUGACGGGCUCUGAGUAUGAGACGAUGCUCACGGAGAUCAUGUCCAUGGGCUAUGAGCGGGAGCAGGUCGUGGCCGCCCUGAGAGCAAGCUACAACAACCCCCACCGAGCCGUGGAGUAUCUGCUCACGGGAAUUCCUGGGAGCCCCGAACCAGAACACGGUUCUGUCCAGGAGAGCCAGGUAUCGGAGCAGCCAGCUACGGAAGCAGCAGGAGAGAACCCCCUGGAGUUUCUGCGGGACCAGCCCCAGUUCCAGAACAUGCGGCAGGUGAUUCAGCAGAACCCUGCACUGCUGCCCGCUCUGCUCCAACAGCUGGGCCAGGAGAACCCUCAGCUUUUGCAGCAAAUUAGCCGGCACCAGGAGCAGUUCAUCCAGAUGCUGAACGAACCCCCUGGGGAACUGGCGGACAUCUCAGAUGUGGAGGCGGAGGUGGGUGCCAUAGGAGAGGAGGCCCCGCAGAUGAAUUACAUCCAGGUGACGCCACAGGAGAAAGAAGCUAUAGAGAGGUUGAAGGCCCUGGGGUUCCCAGAGAGCCUGGUUAUCCAGGCCUAUUUCGCGUGUGAAAAAAACGAGAACUUGGCUGCCAACUUCCUCUUGAGUCAGAACUUUGAUGACGAGUGAUGCCAGGAGGCCAGGCCACCAAAACCCCCACCCUACCCCUACUCCAUGAAAGUUUUAUAAAAGAAAAAAUAUAUAUAUAUAUUCAUGUUUAUUUAAGAAGUGGGAAAAAGAAUCAAAAACCUUAAAAAAAAUGAGCAAAAAGCCCAGCUUCCUGUCCUCCUAAAGUGGCCCCUGUUCCCAUCUUGCUCUGAGAAGACCCAGGCCAGACAGCUGUCCCCCUAUCCUCCUCCCCAGCCCAGCCUGCUCAGAGAAGCUGGCAGGACUGGGAGGCGACAGAUGGGCCCCUCUUGGCCUCUGUCCCAGCUCCCUGCAGCCAGAUGGAAAGGCGGCUGCUUGCUUCUCCAUCUUCCGAAGAAUCCCUGAGGACCCCCCAUCCCAUCCUCUUCUAGGAUGAGGGGAAGCUGGAGCCCCAAAAUUUGAUCCUCCAUUGGAGCAGCCCAAAUCUUUCCAUCUGGGGUGAGCCCUGAAAGGUUCAAGGCCCCCUCCCCAGUCUGGCCUUGGCCUCCGGCCUAGAGAAGGGCUAACAGCUCAAUGUUAAGGCUACCCCCACCCCAGAACAGAACCGUGUCUCUAAUAAAGGUUUUGAAGUGAAUAAAGUUU